UUGGCUAUAUUUCUUCUCUGCUUAAACCUCUUUAUCUAUAUGGAAGAGGAAGAUCAAAAAGAACUGCAGCUGCUCCCUACUCCGCUCGCUAUAGCUUCAUCAUCCCAGAUGUCAUCUCGGGCCUCUGAUUCUUCUUCACUCAGAUAUCGAUCCACGGCGUCUGCUAGUGAUCAAUACGAAGGGCCUUCACUUGAUUUGCAACUAUCAAUCAGUCUAAGGCCAAUCCAGCAACCAUCAAAUUGUGUUAUAGCAGGCCCCAUUUGUGAGUUUGGUGAUGCUAAGGCCGAUACCAGCUGCGUUGAGUCGUUGAAAUGGCAAGCGGCGGAGCAAAUUCGAUUGGCAGCUAUUGAAAAGGCUUAUGCAGAGAGUGUGAGGGAGCUUACAAAGAGGGAAAUGGAGAUGGCACAGUCUGAAUUCGCAAGAGCUAGGCAUAUGUGGCAAAGAGCAAGGGAGGAAGUGGAAAAAGCUGAAAGAAUGAAGGAGAGAGCGACAAGGCAGAUAGAUUCUACGUGCAUGGAGAUAACUUGCCAGUCUUGCAGGCAAAGGUUUAGGCCUUAAUUACUGCAUUAAUUAUAAUAUGAUCAAAACCCUGCUUGUUUAAUUAAAGAUAGCUGAGUUUUUUUCCAUAGCCAAGUUGUUGUUUGGGGGUUUUGAAAAUUUGGGCAUUGGAUUUAUGCAACUUUUCCUUCAACAGAACAGAAGGAAAUCAACAAAUAACACAAUAUAUAAAAGCAGCAUGAUCAGAACUCUAUCUAUGCAAUGUCUAUUUUUAGUUCAUUGCGAUCGAUCCAAUGCCUAUCAUGAAUAAUCAACCAAUGGUAAAUUGAA